AUUAAUUGAGUGGUUUGAACAAUUCAAAUUCAUUUUCGAAAUCAGUGCAUAUUAGGAAGUUUUUCAUGCAAAUUUAAUUAAGAAAUCUUUGAUUAUACAGGUGGUAAAUAAUAUUCUUCGUAGAAUCCGAAACGUAAUUAGUGAAAAAUUUUAUUGUUUUGGCUAGGGUAAACAUUUGAUUUUAUCAUCUCUGCCGUUGAAUGGUAUUGGAAGAGAGUUACAAUUUAACGGCUCUGAUUAUCUCUCCUCCCUUUAGUGAGAGCAAGGAAUCUCUCAAAAACGUUAACCAAUUUUGGUUCCCCGCACGUAUAUUUCGUCUCCUGUACGUAUUUUUCGUCUCCCACACGUAUUUUUGGUUAAAACCGGGUUUCUAAACACGCGCCGGCGGAUUUUAUUCAUCUCCAACUGGAGCUGUUAGAUUCAGCUACUCUACGAAAUUACAAAGCUACCUCUUAUACAUAAACAAAAACCCUUCGCAUUUCUUUUCUUUUUCAUGGACUGUUCUUCUUCUCCCUCAAAUCUUUCCCUCUCUUCUAAACAGCUAUAUCCCUCCUUCCAACGAAUCUUAUGCUACGUUUCUAACAAUUUUUGAACAUUUAAUGAUGGAAAUGAAGAUUUCAAUCAGUUGCUUUUUUCUUCUUCAACUAGGCGUUUGAUUUCCCACUUAGUUGGGCUCAUUUGAAGCCUAGGAGGAAGCUAGAUGAACAAUGUCUGGCCUAUUAAUCUACGCUGCCAGAUAGGAGAUAAGAAAAGGGUGGGGUUGGUUGUACCAUUGAUGGGUUUGUCUUGCACUCUUACUAUUUUUGCAACUUCGUUCCAGUUGGUUACAAACUUGAUACAGCUAAAUUUGAAUUUCAUUCACAAAGAAAAUGUUUCAGAUUUCACUUUUAUCGAGGUGUUAUAGUUUACCGACGUGCAACGCACGUGCACUUUACUUAUUGGUAGGGAGUGUUUGUUCCUAGUGGGUCCCACUUAAAAUUAUGUUGAAGAAACCGGCAAAAAUCAGACCCCCAAUUAAAUCGUUGGGUCAGCGAAUCGACUCUCCACCCAACUAAAGUUUGUAGAUAUUUUUGUACUAGGGAGUGAUAUAGCCUGGCUGUUUGUAAUUCUUCUUUUUAUUUCUGCUUAAAUGGCUUAGUGUAACAUGAUGUUUUUGUACAUGCACAAAUCUCUAUACUUAAUAAGCAAGCAGUUCGACACAUAGAAAGACCUGGUUGGAAAAUAAGUUGGACAUGGCAAAAUAAGGAAGUAAUAUGGAGCAUGUCAGAAGCAGAAGCAACAGAACAAGGUGAUUGUACAAGAAUUAAAGGAAGUACACCUCCACACACUUGUGAGCAGCAACCAGUGAUUAUCGAUUUAUUACCAGGAGCACCCUAUAAUAUGCAAACAAGUAAUUGUUGUAAAGAUGGUGUAUUAACAACAGAAAUCCAAGAUCCUUCGAAACAUGGAGCAUAUUUUCAAAUUUCAGUUGGAAAGGCACUGUUUAUGGAGAUUAUUAAUGGCACUGCAAAACCCAGUGUUAAUCAAACUGCGCCAGCUGCACCACCACCUGCCGAUGAUGGUGAUAAAGAGAAGCCGUCUCCGAGUAAAGAUGUAAUUUAUGAUAAGGAAUUCUGGAAUAAAGGGGGAGAUAAGAAUAAGGAUAAGCAUGAUUUUCAUGUUGAUGAAGUACAAGGCAACAAGAAAGAAAAGGAGAUGAAGAACAAGUUUCAUGAUAGUCAUAAGAAGAGAGUUUUAAUAGAUUAUGACACUGUUGGUGGGGAUGCAGGUGAUGGCCAGACCUACACUACAAAAAUAAACCCAGUAGAUAUGAUUAUACCUCAGAAUUUCAGUAUUGACCUUCCUGGUUACACUUGUGGACCUCCACAACGGGUUGCACCAAUUAGAUUUCCUAUGGAUAAGGAUCGUCGUAAUACACAAGCUCUCUGCAAAUACAUGAAAAUUGACGUGUACCUACUCGCAAAUGCAGGCAUCACAAACCCCUACAUGCUGUGUUUCAAUGUCUUCAUUCUACAACGAUACAAUCGCUCAAUGCCCUACAUGCAGUUGUGCUUGUCGUAGAGAUCCAACUAAACAAUGCAUCGAGUAAUUAAUAUUCACUAAACUCUCCAACAUUUUAUAACUAUGUUUGUCCCAUAUUUUGUCAAAAGUAAAGUUGUUCGUGAUCGGUAUUCACGUACUGGUAAAAGAAUGAAUGGACUUUUGACAAAUACAAAAGUUAAGCCUAUAUUGUCAAAUAUUUGA